GACCUAAACGAAAUCCUACUUUCUUAGUCCUUCAUGUUAAAAUUUAUUUUUUAAAAUAUAUAAGUAAAUCUUUUUUAAUAUGAAUUCUCAUUUUGAACCUCCUCGUGGGGUAUUCACUUUACCUACACCUUGUGAGUUGGCUAAUCCUUUUUGGGAUGUAAUAAAAUCUUCUAAAUAUUUUACUUUACAAAGGACCAAAGCUUCAAAUAUAAACUCUUUUUAUAGAGGUGUUAUAGGUACGAUUCAAAAUGUUUUGAUACAAAACAACCACCUUUUCGAAUUAUCUUUAGAGCCGAGUUUACAAGUAUUUCUUUACAAAUUGCGGUUUCUCAAACUGAGAAAGGAAUUAAUGAAGCUUGGAAAUGGGUUGAAGAUAAUUUAGUCCUGGGAUUAACUAAACUUGAUGAUCCCAGCGAGAAAGAAAAUUACGUAGUAACAAAAAUAAAUUCAUUGGUCACUCGCCAAGAUAAGGGAACUGAUGAAGUAUCCGAAGAUGAAAGUGUCCGUUCUGCAUCUAGGGCUUUUCGACAGACUUUUGAUAUUGCUCCUACGGAAAGGCUGGUUAACUGUAAUAAAUUUGGUUUUUUUCCUUGGGAAAUAAAGUUGAUCUGAUCGGAUUAUAAUUAUAAUUGAAAUUCUGUUAUUGUAGUUUAUUCUUGUGCGUAUCGCGGAAUUAUUCAGGGGUGGAUGUAUAUCAGCGAAAAUUAUCUGUGUUUUUAUGCGUUUAUGUUGGGUCACGAAACAAAAAU